CAAUCACCACCCUUAGGAUCUAAACGAUCCAAAUAUCCGCCAGCGAUCGUCCAGUGGUCAUCAAAAAGCUUGUUCCACCGUAUCGCCCACCAAUCACGAUUGAUUGAUCCAGCCCGACAUCGAAGGUUCCCCCGCAAACUAAAUCUCGUGAGCGAGGACAAUAGACUAUAGAGGCAGGAAUGCAACCACACACAGAGGAAGACAUUCUGAGCAGCUCUUCCGAGGACGGGUUUGAUUUAUUGGCUCCGGCACCUGUUCCGAAGGAGUUGCCGAAGAGCUAUGCUGCAGCGGCACCUGAGCCGGUUCUGCCCUCGGGGGAUUGGAACAUAAAUGAUGUGAGCGGGGAUGGGAAAGUUGGGGGAAAAUUUUAUGCCUCGGAAAUCGCGAAACCGCCCCAUGGGGGGCGAAGGGGAAACGGUGUCAAGCGUUAUCAUGGUGAUGACAAGGAGUAUAAGGAGCCGAUGUCGCAUCGGAAGACUGGGGGAAGCUCAACAUCGCCGGAUGGGUACGAAACGAAGGACAAAACCCCUAGGAGGGGGAAAGGAAGAUUGGUCUCAGGCGACUACCCCGUGUCGAGCAACCUAACCCGUGUCGGUAGUAUCCGUUUCGCGCCUCUCAACAUCCCACUCAAACGCCGUCUCCAGACAACCGCGGUCCUUUGGCACACAUUUGCAAUCGCAAUUUUCGUCUCACUCUUUUGGUUCCUGCUCGCGAUACCCUUGACCUGGCCGCUGCUGAUACCCUACCUCAUCUACGUCCUAUACUCCAACUCCCACCGCGACGGUUCAUCCCCGGUGAUCCGCUCCUCGUUGUUCCGCUCACUUCCCAUGUGGCGUCUCUUGACGGGCUACUUCCCACUAAACCUCCACCGUAGCAGCCCCCUCCCCCCAAACCGAAACUAUAUCUUCACUUACCACCCCCACGGGAUAAUCUCACAUGGAGCCUUUGGACACUUUUGCACAGAGGGCACAACUGGCUUCGAAAAGCUCUUUCCCGGAAUAAAAAACACCCUCUUAACCUUGGAAUCCAACUUUCGCAUCCCGUUCUACCGUGAGUACCUACUAAAGCUCGGCCUUGCCAGCGUCUCCCGUCGCAGCUGCGAAGCACUCCUCCGUGGCGAGGGCAAGGCAAGGCAAUCGUGGCUAGCCAAGAAAUUUUUCAAAUCCCCACCACCGCAACCCGCCCCCGGCGGCCGUGCAAUCACCAUCGUCGUAGGCGGUGCGCGAGAAAGUCUUGAGGCGAUCCCGGGAACCAUGAAGCUAGUCCUCAAGCGCCGCCGCGGCUUCUUGAAAAUAGCUAUUCGCGAAAACGCGGGUGUGGUGCCAGUAUUAUCAUUUGGCGAGAAUGACCUAUACGACCAAGUGGUCCCCAGCUCCAAUUCACUCAUCAGAAAACUACAGAUGCUUGUUAAGAAGACUGCAGGAUUCACCGUUCCGUUGUUUCAUGCUAGGGGUGUGUUUAAUUAUGAUGUGGGCUUCCUGCCAUAUAGAAGAGAGGUGAAUACCGUCAUCGGCCACCCGAUAUUCCCGAAGCAACAAAGCGACUCUCCAAGGGAUCCGGAAGUGGAUGAGUUACAAGAGAGGUACAUUGCGGAGCUGCAGAGGCUUUGGGAUGAGUGGAAGGACGUGUUCGCGAAAGAUAGGCAACCUGGGGAAGAAGGGGAGUUGGUGAUUUUGGAGUGA